AUUUAAGCAGAAGUGCAGAGACAAGCAGAAAAACACAGGCACAGCCAAUAGUUGCAGACAUAUAAAGACAGUGAGUGAGCUCAGAAAAACACAAAGACAUGGCAAACGGCGACGUUGACAACGUUUCUCAUGAUCUAAUUUCGCUUCUCUCGUCUGAGGAGAGGGACUAUCUAGUCCGCAACAACGGCGAUCAGGUUAAAAUCAGUAAUUUGAUAGGAAAGACAGUGGGGUUGUAUUUCUCUGGCUCAUGGUGCGGUCCAUGUUGCCAUUUCACUCCAAACUUGGUGGAAGUUUAUGAAGAGCUCUUGCCUAAAGGUGACUUUGAAGUGGUCUUCAUCUCUUCUGAUAGGAAUGAUGAGUCAUUCAAUGGCUACUUGGCCAAGAUGCCUUGGCUUGCUAUUCCAUUUUCAGAUUCAGAGACCCGGAAACGCCUCAAGGAAUUGUUCAAAGUGAGGGGCAUCCCUAACCUUAUCUUUCUUGAUGCCAAUGGGAAGGUUGUGACUAAUCAAGGGGUCAGAAUCAUUGGGGAAUACGGAGUGGAUGGUUAUCCAUUUACUUCAGAAAGAAUCAAUUUCUUGAAAGAGGAAGAAGAGAAUGCCAAGAAGAAUCAGUCUUUGAGUACUAUUUUGGUUCAUGGCUCCCGCAGUCAUUUAGUUUCCAAUGAUGGAAAUGAGGUUCCUAUACCUGAGCUUGAAGGCAAAACAGUUGGCUUGUAUUUUUCAAUGAAAAGGCUAUGCCUUGAUUUUACUCCGAAACUUGUGGAGGUUUAUAAGAAACUCAAGGAGAGAGGAGAAAGUUUUGAGAUUGUGUUGAUAUCUCUGGACGAUGAAGAAAAUGAUUUCAAAGAAGGGUUCAAUACAAUGCCGUGGUUGGCGGUGCCAUUUAAGGACAAGUGCUGCGAAAAGCUUGCUCGUUACUUUGACCUUGAAAGUCUUCCUACUCUAGUUGUAAUUGGGCCAGAUGGGAAGACAUUAAACCCAAAUGUGGCUGAACUCAUUGAGGAGCAUGGUACUGAAGCUUACCCUUUUACUCCAGAGAAGCUUGCUGAGCUUGCUGAGAUUGAGAAGGCUAGACUUGAAGCACAGACACUAGAAACAAUUUUAGUUUCUGAGGAAAGUGAUUUUGUGAUAGACAAAAGUGGUUCCAAGGUCCUGGUAUCUGAACUAGUUGGAAAGAACAUUCUGCUCUAUUUUUCAGCUCACUGGUGCCCCCCAUGUCGCGCAUUCCUGCCUAAGCUUGUAAAAGCAUACAAUGAGAUCAAAGAAAAGGACAAUGCAUUUGAAAUCAUAUUCAUCUCAAGUGACCGUGAUCAAUCCUCGUUUGAUGAAUUCUUUGCAGGCAUGCCUUGGUUAGCCCUCCCAUUUGGUGAUAAGAGGAAGUCAUUUUUGGCACGCAAGUUCAAAAUUCAAGGCAUUCCUGCAGCUGUAGCUAUCGGCCCCAAUGGCAGGACAGUCACUAAGGAAGCCCGGCAGCUCAUAACAGCUCAUGGUGCAGAUGCUUAUCCAUUCACCGAAGAUCAUCUGAAGCGUUUGGUGGAAAAGACUGAGGAAGUGGCAAAGGAAGAUGAGAAGAAAGCAGAGGGAUCUGCUUGCGAUGGAGGUCACUGCCGUAAAGCUUGAGAGCAUUCAAUGAUAAAAUAUGUGUAUGGGUUACAUACUGUUGGUGAUUACUUAGGUACUACGUUAUUGUAAAUUUUUGUUCUUUGUUAGUGUGUCUUGUGUGUAAUUAAGUGUGGCUAAGUGAAAUAUGAGUGUCAUGACUUCAAAGUACUAGUAUAAAUAUGGUGUGACAAGACUGAAGCUGCAAUGUUAGUGUUCUUGUUCUAUGUGAUAAAUAAAAACCACUGGUGUUAAGUUUUUGUGA